ACUAGCUACCAUCUGCAAUCGUUUAGUCGGCCUGAGAAGCUAGGGAAAUGAAAGCUAACACGUGGGGAUAGCAAUUUGCUGUGUUUUGCUUUUACUUUAGGGUGGUUUAGUGCCUUUUCUAACCGUGCCUUGUCAACGGCGACUCCGUAUAAUCCUCUGAAGGUGACCGUUACCUCCCAGCUGACUGGUGAGCAGGUUUAUCUGCCUUACUAUGGCGGACAACGGAGACGAUGAUUCUCAGUACAGAAUUAAAGAGUGUGACUACGUUGUGUUGAAACGAGGAGAUAUCUUCAAAGCUGUGCAAAUUCAACCGAAGAAGAAGGUGAUUUUUGAGAAGCAGUGGUUCUUCCUGGAUAAUGCUGUGGGACACUUGUAUAGCACCACAUUCGAAAUUGUGUCUGGAGGGAUCCUGCAGCCACGAAAGCUAAAAGAGGCAGAGAGCUCCACCGAUGCAAAGGAGGCCGGCACGGACAACAGAAACAUUGUAGACGAUGGGAAAUCACAGAAACUGACCAGGGAUGACAUUGAGACGCUCAAAGAGCAAGGUCUGAAGGGUCAGGAAAUCAUUCAGCAGCUUAUAGAGAACAGCUCAACAUUCAGAGAUAAGACUGAAUAUGCCCAGGAUAAGUACAUCAAGAAGAAAAAGAAGAAGUAUGAAAAUACUGUGACGAUUCUAAAACCAUCUUGUCGCAUCCUGGCUAUGAUGUACCAUGGCCGGGAACCAGGGAAGAUCUGCCACCUGCGGUAUGACACACUUGCCCAGAUGUUGACUCUGGCGAACAUCCACGCUGGCAGUAAAGUUUUGGUGUUUGAGACUUGCGCUGGCCUGGUGCUAGGAUCCGUCAUGGAAAGAAUGGGGGGCUAUGGCUCAGUGAUCCAAAUGUACCCAGGAGGUGGGCCUGUUCGGGCGGGUGUGGAGAGCUUUGGCUUCCCUACACAUUUUCACGAUAUGCUGCAUGAGUUUCCCAUCUGCCAUGUCAAUGCUCUGCUGGCAGGCACUCUGGACACCACUGCCAAAGAUCCCAGUGCUGAUUCAAAGCAGUCCAACCUGGCUGCAGAGGAUGACCAAAACCAGCCUGAGGCUGAACAGCAGGGCGGUCCAGAGGAACAGAGCAUGGAGACAAGCAGUGGCGCUGAUGGUGGCCAUGACCAGGAGAAAGAAGAGAAGGAGAAACGCAAGGAAGCCAAAGCUCAGGGGAAAAAGGUGAAGCUUGAGGAGAAACGGAAGAAGCUGGCAGCUGCUGCUGCCCUGCUGGAAGGCAGGAAUGCAGAUGGGUUGGUUAUAGCCAGUCGGUUUCACUCGUGUCCAGUCCUAAUGGGCCUGCUCAAAUUCCUCUCCCCCUCCAGGCCUUUUGUAGUCUACUCCCAAUACAAAGAGACUCUUAUCGAGUGCUACACAAAACUCAAGGAACAUGGCGGUACGGUUGACCUCAGACUCACAGACACCUGGCUCAGACAUUACCAGGUGCUGCCUAACAGGACACAUCCUCUGCUGCUGAUGAGCGGGGGCGGGGGCUACCUCCUCUCAGGGACAACGGUUGCCAUGGACCGCUCCAAACCUGCAGGCGCCCAGCGAGCUGAGGAACCAGCACCAAAGAGACUGAAACUGACAGACACUGAAGGAUAAACAAAUACAGAGGCAUCAAAUCUUAUAGGGAUUUUCCUCCAGCAUUGACUUUGAGCUCUUUCUUCUGAACUAAUUUGACACAUCUGGAAUAAGGGAGACGGAGUGUCUGGUUUGCAUUCAUCAGAACACUUUCUCCCGUCUGGUGUAUUCAGAUCAGUGCAGAUGAAGGCGUAAUGCUGAGGAGUAAACUGUAAGUCAGUUUAGGCUGUAUGAGCUUAGUGUAUGUGUUAUGUAAGGAACUGCUGAAAUAAUCUUUUGUGUGUUGAGAGUAAGUGACAGGUUUGUGUCUUAUGCCUCAAGACCAGGUGUAAAAACAUUUUUUAUUUUUUUUCCCCCCAGUUAAUGCUCUCCAGCUUCUAGGUUAUAACUUUUUUUUAAAUUUUGUUAUCCCUGCAGAAAGUGCCAUUUGUUAUAUGAUCCAGUUGCUAAUACAGCUUCACUGUGGGUUAUAUCUGUAUCUGCACAGAAUUAAAAAGCAGUACUAAAGA